AUGGCGACCUUCAACGUUUUUGGGAGCCCAGCGACUGAGAACUCCGAGACGGCUUUCCCCGAGAGUUCCAAACAGAACCGCUUGUUGUCGUUGCCACGGCACGCCUUGCAGCAGGUGGUUUUGAGAAGCGGCAUGGGCAGCACGUAUUGCUGCAGCUGCACAUGCUCUUUUCAGCGUGACUUAUUGGGCGGCCCUUCCCAGAUUCUACAACUUUGGCUCGGUGAAUUCAAGCAGCGCCUGCGAGCAGAAAUGGGGGACAAAGCCUUGCUUGGUAUACCAUUCCACAACAUGUACAGUUUCAACAGCUCUGGCGUCCUGAGGCCUCAUCAUUUGAGGGGGAGGGAUUGGCUCCUUUACAAAGCAUUGGUGGCUUUGGGAUGGCAUUGCCGCUUGGUGGAGUGCGCCGUGAGUUGCGAAACCGGCGGGGAGUGCAAGGGGCUUUCAAGAGCUCGUAUCGGCCAGGACAUGACAGAAGGUUUUCUGCCCGGCUCCGGUCCGGGAGCGAUCAAGGUCCCUGAAGAAUUUCAAGCCUUGGCAGGGAGAAACAGCUUGAGCCAGGACGAAUAUUUUUUCUUGCGUGAAACCAACGGGGAGCUAGAUUGGGAAGUGCCACCCCACAUUGUUUGGCCAUUCCGGGGCGUCAAGUGGGCAGUUUCUCGGGCCUAUUUUACCAAACGCCUGCUUGGAGAGUCUAAAUCCUGCUCUAGGUCUGCAACACUCUGGGGCAAUGCCGGGCAAUUCCGCGUCUUUUACUACCGACGCGCAGCCUUACUCUGUGAGAUGGAACCCUGCGACAGCACUCAUGUGAAGGUGGUUGAGACCGAGAAGGUGCUCAAAACGCUCAUCAAGCAGCUGAACAGCUCCUACACCCCGGCUUUGAACGAGGCGGAGGGGAAUGGCUCUGGCAAAGCUCAGGGCCCGGGUCCUGAUGCCUUGAAGGGCGCCAUGCAGCGUCUGCUCGAGGAACACGACCAGCUCAUCCAGCAGCAGAACGACCUGCUGAAUCGGCGCCAGCCGCUUUCCCAGUCUGUGCGGGCGCCGCCUGUGCCUUGGCCAUCGUCAGUGGCCACGACCACUGCAGGAGCUCCAAUCCGUUGGACCGCGCCCGCCAAUACCAGCUCUGUCCAGGGCGGUCAGCCUGCCAGGGUACCCGGCGCUGCAAGCCCGCCGUCCCCGAGACUUGCGGCCACGCCCCCACUGGGGGAGGCAAGUCCAGGUGUGCCUUUUCUCUGUGCGAGUCCCAAGCAUGCCGGCCGUGCCAUCCAGGUAGCGGCUAGUCCUCGCGCUGCUGCGAUCUCGCCACAGAGCUCGCCGGCGCGCUCACCGACUCGGGGUGGCUCCUUGACGAAUUUGGCAAUGGCAUUUGGCGCCCCUGGGGGGGCCACCAGCCCCAUGCGUCCCGCCGGUUCGGGCGUCAGCCCCACGCGUCCUGCCCAGGCUCCAAGUUUCCAAGUCCCGGAGCCCGCACGUACCUCGGCGGCGCGCGCGAUGUCGCCGAGCUUGGUGAGGGAGAUGGGAUCGCCGAAGGACUCUCCAAAGGCGACGCCAAAGAGCACGCCGAAGAGCUCGGCAAGCCGAUCGCCGAAGGGCUCGCCAACUGCGAAGGGCAUGGAGGCCAGUCCAUCUCCACUGCAGGGCCUGCAGAGCAGUGCAUCUGGGAAAAGCUUGAUGGCUGUGUUUGUCGACAUGCAGACUGGCGAGGAGCAGCAGCUAACACAGAAGAGAAGCCUCUAUUCCAUUUAG